AUGAUUCAAGGAAUAUUAAAUUAUUGGUACUCUAAUGGUGCUAAUAACUAUAGUGGAAUUGAAUCAAAAAGUGAUACUGAAUCUAGCUUAGAGAGUGAAACAAGUAGUGAUAGUAUAGAUGAAAGUCAUACAUUAAAUUGGGGAUUUUUAGAUUAUGUUGAACAUCUUCUUGUAGUAUCAAGGUCUAUGGAGGCUUCAUCUGAAUUGAACUCUACAAAUAACCCUAUAUUUCAAAGUAUAUGGUCUAAAAUAGAUGAUAGAGCUAAUUUAUUACAUAGAUUAAUGUUACAUAAGGCUGAAAAAAUAUAUAAGAAAGGUAUCAAGACAGUGAAUAUUAGGAAUAACCAAGAUAUAUUAAGGAAUAUACAACAAUAUUAUUUUAAUAUUCAGGUUAAUAUUAAAUUAUUAAAUAAACCGGAAUUUAGUAAUACAGAAAUUAAAAAGAUUGAUUUAAAGACACUCAUAGUUUUAGAUUCAGAAAAUUGCCAACAAUUUGAAGAUAAAAAGUCAAAUAAAAUAACAGCUAUUGAAGCUAUAUAUAUAGAAGCUGCUAAAUGUUAA